GGAAACAGGUGUCUCGUUAUGUUGCCCAGGCUGGCCUUGAAUUCCUAGGCUCCAGCAAUUCUCUAGUCUCAGCCUUCUGAGUAGCUGGGACUGUGUUUUUUGUUGUUGGUGUUUUAUUUUGUUUUUAAUUUGGUCUUGGAGUGGUGUUACAUAGGGUGGGGGGAGGGAGGACGGAGUAUGACUUGAGAUGUGGGUUAGGUUCUGAAGCCAGCCUAGAUGACAAAAUAGCGUACAAGCAAAGCUACCCUUGAAAUCUCAGGGAGGCAGCAUGUUGAUUGUAGGAAUACCAGUGUUGCAGAAUUCUGACACGGCCAGUGUGAUACUGUAAAAUACGUAUUUGGUCUUGGUCUCCGUCUCCUGUGGCAUACAACUCCUAUAAUUCUUGGACUCUCCAAAAUGAUUGGUGUCAUUUUAUAUGCUAAUUAGCUGACUGGUGGCUGGCUGCCCUGGGUAGCUUUAGGAUGGGGGCUGGUCACUUGAAAGACCCAGGCAGGAUUAGAGGGUUGGGAUUUUCAGCCCCUCCCUGACGUCCAGCCCCUGGGGAAAGGAGAGGGCAGAGGAGCUUAUGAUUAUGUUGACCACUAGUGGUCACUGGUUUAAUUUAUCAUGUCUAAGUAAUGAAGUUUCCAUAAAAACCGAUAAGACUGGGUUUGGGGAGCUUUAGGAUAGGUGGACAUGGGAGGUUCCUGGAUGAUGGUGCACCAGAGAGUGCAUGGAAGCUCUGCCCUUCCCACAUGCCUCACCCUAUGCAUCCCUUCAUUUGUAUCCUUUGUAAUAUCCUUUGAUAAUAAACCAGUAUGUGUAAGUAAAGUAUUCCUCUAAGUUUUGUGAACUGGUCUAGCAAAUUAAUAAAACCUAAGAAGGGGGUUAUGGAAACCCCGAUUAAUAGCCAGUUGGUCAGAACCACAGGUAAAACAACCUGAGUCUUGUGAUUGGCAUCUAAAAUGGAGGCCAGUCCUGUGGGGCUCAGCCCUCAACUCGUGGGAUCUGACGCAGUCUCCAUCCAGGUUGGUUGUUCCAUUAUGGAUGGAGGGGAUGAUGGUAACCUUGUUAUCAAAAAGAGGUUUGUGUCUGAGGCAGAACUAGAUGAACGGCGUAAAAGGAGGCAAGAAGAAUGGGAGAAAGUUCGAAAACCUGAGGAUCCAAAAGAAUGUCCAGAGGAGGUUUAUGACCCCCGAUCUCUAUAUGAGAGGCUACAGGAACAGAAGGACAGGAAGCAGCAGGAGUAUGAGGAACAGUUCAAAUUCAAAAACAUGGUAAGAGGCUUAGAUGAAGAUGAGACCAACUUCCUUGAUGAGGUUUCUCGACAGCAGGAACUAAUAGAAAAGCAACGAAGAGAAGAAGAACUGAAAGAACUGAAGGAAUACAGAAAUAAUCUCAAGAAGGUUGGAAUUUCUCAAGAGAACAAGAAGGAAGUGGAGAAGAAACUGACUGUAAAGCCCAUGGAAACCAAGAACAAGUUCUCCCAGGCGAAGCUGUUGGCAGGAGCUGUGAAGCAUAAGAGCUCAGAGAGUGGCAACAGUGUGAAAAGACUGAAACCGGAGCCUGAGCCAGAUGACAAGAAUCAAGAGGCCUCAUCCUGCAAGUCUCUCGGAAACACUUCCCUGAGCGGCCCCUCCAUCCACUGCCCCUCUGCUGCAGUCUGUAUCGGCAUCCUCCCAGGCCUGGGCGCCUACUCUGGGAGCAGCGACUCCGAGUCCAGCUCAGACAGCGAAGGCACCAUCAAUGCCACUGGAAAGAUCGUCUCCUCCAUCUUCCGAACCAACACCUUCCUCGAGGCCCCCUAGUUUCUCUGUGCUUAAGCUGGAAACUCCUCCCCAAGGGUAGAUCGGACCGUUCAUGCUGCCUACAGACAUUAUGUCCCUCAAAAAAAACUCCUUUGCCUGCGUCCUGUGCACAAUGUGACAUUUUUAACCAACCCAAUCUAAAAAUGUGCCAGAAUCUACCUGUGGCCCGAAUCGUGUUUGGUUUCUCUUUCCACUCUGGUGCAGAUGACCAAACCUGUCCCGCUGCCACUUCCUCACAGACAUGGGGAGGAGGGCGAGGCCCAGCCGAAGUUCCACUAAAAAUGCCCUAGGAGGAUAGGCACCGGCUGGCUUGCCAAAGGGUUUGGGUUUUAUUGCUUUCUGUUUUUUUCUUUUCUUUCCUUUUCCAACAGCACAAAAAAGUAAGGGCAGUUAUUGGACAGGUAUUAUUUAAACAUUCUAUUGUAGAUGAAUGUGCUGUUUGGUUCUACUGCAUUGUGGAGCAUGUGGGGGAAGAAAGCUGACCCAGGUGAUGAAAUGGAGCCCUUCCCUGGAACUAACCAGUCCUUGAUGUUGUGUGACUAAGUAGAGAUGCUAAACCCCAUCUGCUGGGGGUGUCGCUUCACACUCGGCAUGCAUUGUGAAGGCUUUCCGCACCCUUGGCCAUUCCUUCUCCCCUCUCUCUCCAACCCCAUUUAUGCAGGAAGGAACUGCUAACAAGAAAGCUUCCAUCUUCUCAGACCUUUUCUCUGCCUCGGAAAUUAUUUUAUGUUUGUUUUUGAAAUAAAGGAUUUAGUUUGAGAUUCAAAAUUUUAGAGAAACGUAGGCCUUGUUUACUCAUAGCCAGACAUCAGAACUGUGGGUAGGUAUGUUAAUGAGAUGACUUAUUUCCGGCAGCUUCUGGAAUCCAAAUAUUGUAAACUAGUGGGACAUACUUGCAUAUUAUGACUGUUCUAUCGAGGCCCUUCUCUGUUUAAUGCAUAUUAUAUUUGUGCUUUUAACUGUGGAAUCUAUUUCUAAAUUAAGGGUGCUGCCCUAGUACUUUUCUUUGCUGCCCUUGCUGCUCUUUUUCCCUUCCAAACAGCAACUCUGAGGCCAUGAGCAGCCAAAAACUAGAGGUGCUCCUCCAUCUCGUCUCAUAAAGGGAAACAGGCUCAACCCUUGGAUUCUGGAGGAGGGAGGGGGAGAGGGUGUGGAGGCCUCGAGGACAGAGGCAGACAUGAGCUUUGACAACAGUCUGUAGGCUCUCCUGCUUUAGAAUAAGCCUGUACCGUUCUUUAUCCAUUCCCCUUGUUCCUACAUCAAUUGUUUUUACUUUCUUGGGUGUGAGACUGAGCGAGACACACACAAAAUGUGUUGACACUGUGAUGCCAGCAGGCAAAGCAGCUACCGACUUUGAAUGUGGGCAGAGAGGCCCCUGGAUCUCAUCCAGCCCACUCCUUUUCCCUUUCCAGUGCAGUGACACUCCAGUGCCCGUUGGCAGAUGGUGACUUCCCUGCACCCAUAACUGAUGCCUUGUGAAUUCUUCCUCUGUUUCAGAACUACUCUAUGCUAAUUGUUCAUGACUGCCAAUACGUGUGUCAGCUCCAUCCUAACAAAUAAGACGUUUAGGUAAAACUGUGUAGGCACCUUCUGCUUCUCUGCUUCAUUGUUCCUGUGAUAGUCCUGUUAUUACAGCAUGUUCCCAAAACAGCCUCACAUUGUUAAAGGCAGCAGACCAGGGCAUCAAAGUCACCAUCUUUAUGUGGCUUGACUCUUAAGAGGCCAUUACUGUACUUCAUGACCUCUUGAUAGAGAAAGAAGUUGACAAAGGGUUGCAGGGUUUAAAAAGAUUAACAUGAAAGCUAAUAAACCUGUCAAAGAACAA